AUGGAACAACAUUGUUAUGAAUGGGCAAAGAAAUUUGAUUUGAUUACGAAAAAGACUACAAAUAAAGAGUUUAAAAUAAGCAAGUUUGGAUUACUUAUUUGUUAUAUAUUUCCAACUGCAUCUUUCGAGAAACGUUGUCUCGCUAUCGAUUUCUUUAAUUGGUUAUUUUUUGUCGACGAUUUUGUCGAUAUAAAGAAAGAUUUAAAAGGAAAACCUGAAGAAAUAAAAAAAGAACUUAAUAAAUUCAUGACUAUUUUAAAUGAUAAUCCACAACCAGAAAUAUUUCAAAAUUCAAUCGCUAUCGCGUUAUGGGAUGUAUGGGCUAGAAUGAAAAAAAUUACUAAUGAAGAAUGGAGAAUUAAAUUUCGCAAUACUAUUUCACUUUAUUUUGAUGCAUGCUAUUUAAAUGCAUGUAAUAAACGUUCACAUAAUAUUCCUAAUUCUGUUGAAGAAUAUAUCAAGAUCAGAAGGAAUUCGGGAGCUGUAAUGACAAGUUUUAAUUUGAUUGAACCUCUGCUCGGAAUUCAAAUUUCAUAUGAUAAUAAAGAGUUGCAAAAUCUUAUGGAAUAUUGUAAUGACCAUAUAUGUUUUAUUAAUGAUCUUUAUUCGCUCAAAAAAGAAUUAACGGAAGGGGAAGUUGAUAAUAUUAUUAUAGUUUUACAACGUUCAAAUCAAUACUCAUUACGGGAAGCUAUUGAUUACGCGGUGGUGUUAAUAAAUAAUCGAAUGACACAAAUCAAAGAAGUUGUUGAUAGAUUAAUGCAGUAUAAACUAAAAAUGGAUCAAGAUACAAGUAAAUAUAUCAAUGUAUUAGUAGAUAUAGUAGUUGGUUCUUUUUAUUGGCAUAAAAUUUCAGGUAGAUAUACGGCUAAGAACAAAUAUAGAAGGAAUGGUUUAAAUUAG